GAGAAAAUGGUCAACAUUAUCCAAGCACUGUACACUCCUGUGCAGAGGGAGUAGUUGUAUUCAGGACAGAUUAUGGCCAGAUUGGACACAGGAGCCUCUGGAUGCUCAGCUCUCGAGGACCUCUCUCUGGCAUCCUGGUGGUUUUUGGUUGGCUUCAUAUACUACGGUUGUCCUUUGACACUGUGUGUGUCCCCCUGCUGAAAUCCCAAGGACAAUAAAUGACAAAACAACAAACAAGAACCUAUGCCGGAGCAAAGUAACAAGGAAAGAGAAGAAGAAAGAAAGGAAAGGACUUGCUCAAGCAAAAAGCAAACAACAAAAAAACUGAAGAAGGGAAGGGUCGUUGGGCUAAUCAGCCCUGCCACCCUCCAAGCUCUAGCCUGCACCCAGUGUGUCGUCUUGGCACGGCUCCACGUUCGCGGCCCAGCUGGGGUCCUCUUCGGCUCUUCCCCAAGCCGCCUCUGGUCUUGCGCACCAGUGCCGCCUGCAGCAGAUGAGGGAUGCUUUUGCAGCCUCUGUUGCCACUGACGCCUUCCUCUGCGUCAGGUCUUGUUGGUUCUGCCGGUGCUGGGUGCAGCUGGCAUGGGGGAUCGCUGCAGCCUCCUCUGCUUCCUGUUUCCCCUUUCUCAGUCGUGGAGCCGGCUUUUAUUUCUGCCAGGCGGCGUCUAUCUCUGAUAUAACCUGCCCGUGCCAGUUCCAGCUGCAGAUAAGUGCAGCUAAUGGACUGCAUGGGAGUUUCCUCUCUGCAUGGUCCUUCUGGCCCUCGGCAUCCUAGAACGGGUAUUCACUUACAAACAGAGUACAAUCACACACCAAAAAGUUACAGCUAUGCAUCAAGCAAGUGUGGAGACUGUGGAAGACAUGGCUGCAUUGGUCGACCUCCAUGAGGGCUCCAUCAUGCACAACUUAUUCCAGCGCUAUCAGCAAGAUAAAAUCUAUACAUAUAUUGGCUCCAUUGUUGCCUCUGUGAACCCCUACAAGACCAUUCCAGGAUUGUAUGACCGUACCACUGUGGAGCAGUACAGCAGGCACCAUCUGGGGGAGAUUUCCCCUCAUAUCUUUGCUGUUGCUAACGAGUGUUACCGCUGCCUAUGGAAACGUCAUGACAACCAGUGUAUUCUCAUCAGUGGUGAAAGUGGUGCUGGUAAGACAGAAAGCACUAAACUGAUUCUCAAGUUUUUGUCUGCCAUGAGCCAACAUUCACUGGAGCUGUCUUGUAAGGAGAAAACCUCCUGUGUGGAGCAAGCUAUUCUCGAGAGCAGCCCGAUUAUGGAAGCUUUUGGUAACGCAAAGACUGUUUACAACAACAACUCAAGUCGCUUUGGGAAGUUUAUUCAGCUGAACAUCUGUCAGAAAGGAAACAUUCAGGGAGGAAGAAUUGUAGAUUAUUUAUUAGAAAAAAACCGUGUAGUAAGGCAGAACCCUGGAGAAAGAAAUUAUCAUAUAUUCUAUGCACUGCUGGCAGGGAUAGAGGAGGAGAAAGAGGCAUUUUACUUAUCUGUACCAGAGAACUACCAUUACCUGAAUCAGUCUGAAUGUAUAGCGGAUAAGACAAUCAAUGAUGCAGACUCCUUCAGAGAAGUCAUUAUGGCAAUGCAAGUGAUGCAAUUCACCAAGGAAGAGGUGCAUGACGUCCUUAGGCUGCUAGCUGGUAUUCUGCACCUAGGGAACAUUGAAUUUAUCACAGCUGGUGGAGCACAGGUGUCCUUCAAAACAGCUCUGGGUAGAUCCGCUGAGUUACUUGGGCUGGACUCAACACGGCUGUCUGAAGCAUUAACACAGCGAUCAAUGAUACUCAGGGGAGAAGAAAUCUUAACACCUCUCAGUAUACAACAGGCAAUAGAUAGCAGAGACUCUAUGGCUAUGGCACUUUAUUCCCAAUGUUUUGCUUGGGUUAUUAAAAAAAUCAACAGCAGAAUUAGAGGCAAAGAUGACUUCAAGUCCAUUGGAAUUUUAGAUAUAUUUGGAUUCGAGAACUUCGAGGUUAAUCGUUUUGAGCAGUUCAAUAUUAACUAUGCAAAUGAAAAGCUUCAAGAAUAUUUCAACAAGCACAUUUUUUCUUUGGAGCAACUGGAAUACUGCAGAGAAGGACUGAUUUGGGAAGAUAUUGACUGGACCGACAAUGGAGAGUGCUUGGACCUUAUUGAAAAGAAACUUGGUCUGCUAGCACUUACCAAUGAAGAGAGCCAUUUUCCUCAAGCUACUGACUCCACCUUGUUGGGGAAGCUACAUGCCCAGCAUUCUAACAAUCCUUUUUAUGUGAAACCAAGAGUUGCUGUUCACAACUUUGGAGUGAAGCAUUAUGCUGGGGAGGUCCAGUAUGACGUCAGGGGUUUCUUAGAGAAGAACAGAGAUACUUUCAGAGACGAUCUUCUGAACUUGCUACGUGAAAGCAGACUUGAUUUCAUCUAUGACCUGUUUGAACUCGUGUCAAGUCGCAACAACCAAGACACGCUUAAAUGUGGAAGCAAGCACCGGAAACCCACUGUCAGUCUACAGUUCAAGGAAUCACUGCAUUCUUUGAUGGCAACAUUAAACUCUUCUAAUCCUUUCUUUGUUCGAUGCAUCAAGCCCAACAUGCAGAAGAUGCCUGACCAGUUUGAUCAGACUGUGGUGCUGAACCAACUGUGUUAUUCUGGGAUGCUGGAAACAGUGAGGAUACGAAGGGCAGGCUUUCCAGUAAGGAGACCCUUUCAGGAUUUUUAUAAAAGGUAUAAGGUCCUAAUGAGAAACUUGACCCUGCCUGAAGAUUUAAAUGGGAAAUGUGCUAUCCUUCUCCAUUUGUAUGACAGCACAAGCACAGAGUGGCAGCUUGGGAAAAAUAAGGUCUUUCUUCGGGAGUCCUUGGAACACAAGCUGGAGAAACAGCGAGAGGUAGAAGUCACUAAGGCAGCCAUGACAAUCCGAGCGCACAUUCUGGGCCACAUGGCACGAAAGCAGUAUAGGAAGGUGCUUCACUGUGUGGUGGUGAUACAGAAGAACUACAGAGCAUUCCUCCUUAGGAGGGCAUUCCUUCGCCUGAAGAAAGCAGCCAUAGUCUUCCAGAAGCAGCGGAGAGGCCAGACUGCUCGACGUGUAUACAGACAGCUACUGGAGGCGAAGAGGAGGAAAGAGGAGGAGGGAAGGGAAAGACAAAGGCUGGAAGCAGAACGUCUUGCCCAGCAGGCUGAAGAAGAGAGGAAGCAGCAGGAGCUGGCAGCCAGGCAGGAAGCCCAGAAGGAAGCAGAGCUGAAACAAGAGCUGGAGAAACAGAAAGAAAACAAGCAGGUGGAAGAGAUACUGCGCCUCGAAAAGGAGAUUGAAGACUUGCAACGCAUGAAGGAGCAGCAGGAGCUGUCCCUAACUGAGGCUUCCUUACAGAGGCUGCAACAGCUACGAGACGAGGAGCUCAGCCGCCUCGAGGAUGAGGCAUGCCGAGCAGCUCAGGAGUUCCUGGAGUCACUGAACUUUGAUGAGAUUGAUGAAUGCGUCCGAAACAUCGAGAGGUCACUUUCUGUGGGCAGUGGCUAUUCUUCUGAGCGUGGUGAAUUGACUGGGAAUCCCUGCAGUGAGAAGCCCAACUUUAACUUCAGCCAGCCAUACCCAGAGGAGGAGGUGGACGAGGGCUUUGAUGCUGAUGACGAUGCAUUUAAGGAUUCACCCAAUCUGAGUGAGCACAGCCAUUCUGAUCAGAGGACAAGUGGCAUUCGGACAAGUGAUGACUCCUCAGAAGAAGAUCCCUAUAUGAAUGACACAGUGGUGCCAGCCAGCCCUGUGGCGAGCAACGCCAUGCUGAUACCUUCCAGUCAUGACUCCCUCAGCCUCCACAAUUCUUCAAGUGGUGAAUCUACAUACUGCAUGCCAGAAAACGUGUCCUGCCGACCCCAAAACUCUGUGGAACUGAUUUCUGCCGAUGGGGACUAUGAUUAUGACCAGGAUGAUUAUGAAGAUGGUGCCAUCACUUCUGGCAGCAGUGUGACUUUUUCCAAUUCUCACAGUAGCCAGUGGUCUCCUGACUACCGGUGUUCUGUCGGGACAUACAACAGCUCUGGAGCAUACAGGUUUAGCUCUGAAGGAGCCCAGUCUUCUUUUGAAGACAGUGAAGAAGAUUUUGACUCCAGGUUUGAUACAGAUGAUGAACUCUCUUAUCGGAGGGAUUCAGUCUACAGCUGCGUUAGCCUGCCCUACUUCCACAGCUUUCUGUAUAUGAAAGGUGGUUUAAUGAACACGUGGAAGAGGCGCUGGUGUGUCCUGAAAGAUGAGACUUUUUUGUGGUUCCGUUCCAAGCAGGAAGCACUUAAACAGGGCUGGCUCCACAAGAAGGGGGGCGGGUCAUCUACGCUCUCCAGAAGAAACUGGAAGAAACGCUGGUUUGUUCUCCGGCAGUCCAGGCUGAUGUACUUCGAAAACGACGGUGAAGAAAAGCUAAAGGGUACCAUUGAUGUCCGGACAGCCAAGGAGAUUGUUGAUAAUACUGGUAAGGAGAAUGGGAUUGAUCUAAUCAUGGCUGACAGGAUUUACCACUUGAUUGCUGAGUCUCCUGAGGAUGCAAGCCAGUGGUUCAGUGUACUGAGUCAGGUCCAUGCUUCCACGGAACAGGAGAUCAGGGAGAUGCAUGAUGAGCAGGCAAACCCACAAAAUGCUGUGGGCACACUGGAUGUGGGGCUGAUUGAUUCCGUCUGUGCUUCUGACAACCCAGAUCGACCCAAUUCAUUUGUGAUCAUCACUGCAAAUCGUGUUCUUCACUGCAAUGCGGAUACCCCUGAGGAGAUGCAUCACUGGAUAACCCUGCUGCAGAGAUCAAAGGGGGACACCCGAGUGGAGGGACAAGAAUUCAUCGUGAGGGGAUGGCUGCACAAGGAAGUAAAAAACAGCCCAAAGAUGUCUUCCCUAAAGCUAAAGAAGCGGUGGUUUGUCUUGACUCAUAAUUCUUUGGACUAUUACAAGAGCUCAGAGAAGAAUGCUUUGAAAUUGGGCACACUGGUCCUAAACAGCCUUUGCUCAGUUGUACCGCCUGAUGAGAAAAUCUUCAAAGAGACAGGCUACUGGAACAUAACUGUAUAUGGACGCAAACAUUGCUACCGACUCCAUACCAAACUACUCAAUGAGGCCACCCGCUGGUCAAGUGCCAUCCAAAAUGUGAUUGAUACAAAAGCACCGAUUGACACACCAACCCAGCAGCUUAUUCAGGAUAUUAAGGAGAACUGCCUGAAUGCUGAUGUCGUUGAACAGAUUUAUAAGAGAAAUCCUAUUCUCCGUUAUACACAUCAUCCACUUCACUCACCGUUGCUGCCACUGCCAUAUGGGGACAUCAAUCUAAACUUGCUGAAAGACAAAGGCUACACAACUCUCCAGGAUGAAGCCAUCAAGAUAUUUAACUCUCUGCAGCAGUUAGAGUCUAUGACUGAUCCUAUACCUAUAAUACAGGGUAUUCUGCAAACAGGCCAUGAUUUACGACCACUUCGAGAUGAGCUCUACUGUCAGCUCAUCAAGCAGACUAACAAGGCACCAAACCCAGGGAGUGUAGGGAACCUGUAUAGCUGGCAGAUACUCACCUGCAUGAGCUGCACUUUCCUGCCCAGCCGCAACAUUGUCAAGUAUCUGAAGUUCCAUCUCAAACGGGUACGAGAUCAGUUUCCAGGAACUGAAAUGGAGAAAUACGCCCUCUUCACGUACGAGUCUCUCAAAAAAACCAAAUGCAGAGAGUUUGUGCCAUCACGGGAUGAAAUAGAAGCCCUGAUCAGCCGGCAGGAAAUGACUUCUACAGUUUACUGUCACGGUGGUGGUUCCUGCAAAAUCACAAUCAAUUCCCACACCACAGCUGGUGAGGUUGUCGAAAAGCUAAUUCGAGGCUUGGCUAUGGAGGAUAGCAGAAAUAUGUUUGCCUUGUUUGAACACAAUGGAACUACUGAUAAAGCAAUUGAAAGCAGGACCAUUGUGGCUGAUGUCUUGGCAAAGUUUGAAAAGCUUGCUGUUGCUUCAGAAGUUGGGGAUAUGCCAUGGAAGUUCUACUUCAAGCUUUACUGUUUCCUGGACACAGAAAAUGUGCCAAAGGACAGCGUGGAAUUUGCAUUCAUGUUUGAACAGGCUCAUGAAGCAGUAAUCAGAGGACACUACCCUGCUCCUGAAGAAACCCUCCAAGUGCUUGCUGCCUUGCGACUCCAGUACCUACAAGGAGACUACUCCCUACAUACAACCAUCCCAGAAAUAGAGGAAGUCUACCCCUUGCAAAGGUUGAAGUCUCGUAUUACGUAUUCUACUAAACACUUUACCCCAGUUGAGAGGAUUGAGAGGAAACGGGCAAGCUUUCUUGAAGGAACACUGAGGAGGAGUUUCCGCAGUGGCUCUAUCAGCAAACAGAAGAUCGAGGAGGAACAGAUGGUGGAUAUGUGGAUCAGAGAGGAAGUCUCAGGUGCCAGAACUAGUAUUCUUGACAAAUGGAAAAAAUUGCAGAGAAUGAAUCAAGAACAGGCUAUGGCCAAGUACAUGACUUUGAUUAAGGAGUGGCCUGGCUAUGGAUCAACACUCUUUGAUGUGGAGUGCAAAGAAGGAGGCUUUCCACAAGAGUUGUGGUUGGGAGUCAGUGCUGAUGCUGUUUCUGUCUACAAGCGUGAGGAAGGCAGGCCUUUAGAAGUGUUCCAGUAUGAACAUAUUCUGUCCUUUGGUGCUCCACUUGCCAAUACCUACAAGAUUAUAGUGGAUGAGAGAGAGCUGCUUUUUGAAACCAGUGAGGUGGUUGACAUCGCAAAGCUGAUGAAAGCCUAUAUCAGUAUGAUUGUGAAAAAGCGCUACAGCACUUCUCGAUCAGUGAGUAGUCAUGGGAGUCAAAGCAGCUCUAGGUGAAAAAACAAAACCAGUCUCACUGUGCCUCAAUACCAGAACAUACCACAGCUGGCCUAAAAAUACUGAUCACAUUUAUAAGGCUAACCAAGAAGCAGACUUUCUAAGGGAGUUUCAACCACAUUUUUUUAAGGACUCCUGUGUAAAACAUCAACUUGAAUAGUCACAUACUAAAACUGUUGACUUCAAAACCUCCAAAGCUUUGUUGCCUUUAGUUGACAUACUGUAUGCCUUAAAACUUUAGUCUGCUGCCAUCCAAGCAGUAUGAAGUGCCUUAAGAAAUUAAAACCAACUUGCAUUGACCUAAAUUGUGUUAAAGGGAAUGUGCUUUCUUUUCAAUUCAAAACACUGAGAAAACAUGGAAGAGGAGUUUUAUUCAUCCACUAUGCACUAACCUACUGUCCUGUUAAGUUUGUUGGGGGGAGAGAGAACUUUUAUUGGAAGGCUGCUGGCAGCUUUCCUGAUAGACUUUAUUAACAAUGUGUUUUGUUUCAUGGAUGUGUGUGCAUGCACAUGACCUGUAUAAACAGUAAUUUUAUUCCAUAUUUCAUGAGUCUUGGAAGCAAAGGGAAUAAUGAUGUGCAAUGGUGUAAACAGUCUCUGUACAUUUUAAUAGUUCAGAGUUUUAUAGUUAUUUCAGUUGUACUAUUACUUUUUAAGCCAGUUUUAACAAGUAAAAAUCCAGGAUUUUCAUACAUUUCUGAUUUACUAUUACAUUCAUUCUACAAUAUAUGUAGCAAGUUUGCAUUCUGUACCUGCUGUAUUAUAAAUUGUUCUGUAGCUAAGAAGCUAUAUUUAUAGAUUGCCCUAAUAUGAAAGUACAAUUAUCAAUACAAUGUUCAGUAAUUUGUCUUCAGUUUUAUGGUUAAUGUUAAACUUUUUCUAUUAAAUACACUACCCUUGUAGAACUCUGAUUGGAUGCUCCAAAAUAAACCAAUCAGAAAAGGUGAGAGCCCUUCAAAGUUGAAAUUAAACCAAGAAGAAAAAAAAGUUAUAUAUAGUGAAACUAUUCUAUUGUUCCUCUUUAUUUUACCCUUCUGCCUAAGGAAGGUUCUUGACAAAGCACAUGUAAAUAAAUAAGUGCUAUCAGCCAGCAGUAAAACUGCUGUGGGACUUUUAUUUUUGUAUGAAGAAGUUGUAAUGUACUGUAAGGCAAAACAUGGAUCAAUGAUAUCUUCUGUCUGGAGCAACAACAAAAAAAUUGUAUUAGCCCUUAAUGACAACUUCAGCCUUGAAGAAAUCUCACCUGUUUGCUCAAACAAAGUCCAGCAAUAAAGUAUCCUAGUUAGCA